CAGGCGCAGAAGGGGCAGCGUCUCCGGCCGCGGCUGCCGAGCGAGAGCGCCUGGUCUCUCUCUCUCUCUCUGUCUCUCUCUAUAUAUAUGGGGGAGAGAAGAUGGCUCCCUUCCCUGAGGAGGUGGAUGUUUUCACGGCCCCGCACUGGCGGAUGAAGCAGCUCGUCGGGCUUUAUUGUGACAAGGUAGGAGGCGGGAGGGGGAGGUUUCUGAGGGGGCGACGCGCCGGGCGCAGCCGUGAGGGGGGGGCGAGGUGGUCGCGCGCCCCUCGUUACGUGAGGCGCCGAGACACGCCCCUCGGCCCCCUCGGGCCUCGCUCGGCCGGCGCUCGUUUGCUGCGUGAGAGGGGAUGCGCGCGCAGCCUCGGGGGAGCCGGAGGAGAGAGGGGCGCCUGCGCAGCUGCCGCCGCCUGGCGCGCGCCGUGACUCCUCUCGGCCACCGUCGUCCGCACAGUUGUUUUCACAGCCCCCCCCCCGCAGCGCCGCCUUCCUCCGCUUGCAGGUUUCCCCUCUUUCUUCCCCGGUUUUUCUGCGCUUGGUUGCGAACCCCUUUCCCUGGCAGGGCUCUGUCGCCGGCUGCGCUUCCUUCCCGAUAUUAGCGGAGACGUGACGCAGCUUCUUCGCUGGUGGUGGGGUUUUGUAUCUCGGAUGAGGCCUUCUCGCCACACGUGUGCACGCACGCACACACGUGUGUUCCUGGCUUAAGAAUCUUUUCCAAAGGCAGCCCGCCCCCCCGAACGAAGCGCGGCCAAAGUGCCUUAGGCGCCGACUUUCCCUCCUCCACUGCGAUUCCCAGCUAUGCUGCUACAUGAAGGCAGAAACUCUGUAGAAGACAUUAUUGGACUUUUGAUGACAUGAACCAUGCGUGUCGAAUAUGGACAAAGAAAAGCUCGUUCAGAAAUCCAAAUGUCAAAAAACAUAGGUGGUUGGCAUCCCUCUGUGCGCCUCCGGGGUUGAACUCUCCUAGAGUUACAGUGCCUGCUGUGACUGUAGAGACAUUGGCAUUUCUUUUCUCUGUGCUUCUCCCAGCAGUCCUUCCUCCUCCGGUCACUGCUGUGGAUGAACAAGGAUUCCCACAUGAUGAGGUUAAUGUUUCCAGCCUUCAUGUCACAUUUGCAAUGCAGAGUUGGUGUCUCAGCAGGCGCAACUUAAAGGCAGAUUUUUCUCUCCCUGUAUCAUUUUAGAGUGCAUGUUCCUUGAGGCAGGUGUCUUUGCUUUUUAAGUUGGCAGCUUAACAAGUAAAGGAGAGCAAGGAAAUGCAGAGAUCGCAGGGGCCCAAGAUAAUGGAUUGCUCAAUGUAUUUUGGUUAUUACAGCUUCCUGAUGGCAUGUUUGGCUUGACCCAGUCAGUUUAGCCAAUGAUCAGGGGUUAUGGGAGUUGUAAUCCCAACAAGCUUUAAAAGCUCAAGGUUGAAGCAAGGUGGUCUAGCACACUCUGUAAAAUAGGCAGUCCCACACUGUGAAUGGGGAACAUAACUGAUUUACCUGGCAGCUGCGCACCCCUCUUCGCUCAAAAGUAAUUUGCAACUACAGUGGUACCAGAGCUCCGUUCGCAUCUAGAAGCAAACGUAACUAGCGACGGCACAUCUGCGCAGGCACGCGUCGCUUUUGGGCAUGCGCGUGACGUCAUUUUGACAGUCUGCGCAUGCGCAAGCGGCCAAACCCGGAAGUAACGCACUCCGUUACUUCCAGGUUGCCAUGGAGCACAACUCGAACGCGCUCAACCCGAGGUAUGACUAUACAAUUUUUGUUAGCAGUUUUUUCCACAUAGCAAUGCAGAUUUUGAUUAUUGAGUGUGUUCAUGUGCCUUUAUUUCAAGUUGCCAGUAAAGAAUAACUUAAAACAAUAUAAACUGUAGGUUUCAGGUGGGUACUAUCAAACUGUAGGGCAGGGCACAUUCCAGGCUUGCAAGACUUAGUUUUUCACUAGAUUCCUAAGGCCUAGUAAGUGGAGAGAGGUACAAAAUACAGGUACUUAAAAUUAAAUCUCAGUCCGUGAGUGGUUUUUUUGAACCAGAACUGAAUUGAACUCACACACCUUUUUUGAACCAGAACUGAAUUGAACUCACACACCAAUACACAAAUAUCCAUUUCUGUGUACGCCUCUUCUCCACCCUUCUUCAUGUCAGUAGCAUAAUUGUUGCCAAUGUUAAUUAUCUGGGAGUAAGAAAGACUUGAUCUAUUUCAGGUCACUCCCACAUGUACAGGUAUAUCCUGAUCUACCUCCCCACACCCUGCCCCUGCUCUACUACAGGAAAGCCAUUGUAGAAAAGAGCAGCUCAGGGUAAACAUUAUUUGCAAUUAAUUUUUUUUUUCAGGUGAGGGGCCAUUUUACUUGGCCAUAUGAAUGUCAAAUACACAGAAUUUACUGAAUAUGAUCACAUGUAGUGUAUGUUGCUAUAGUACAGCUCUCAACCCCCAGAGCCCACUUGAGAUGACUGAAAAAUAUUGAGGCCCAACAAGAUGGUGGUGCAGGGCAAAUGGUGGCAGAUGGAAGCGAGGUUUAACAAAAUCAACAUGCAGUUAUGGACAUCAUUUCCCACUGAUAUUUAAUCCAACUUUUGCAUUUGCUUUUUUUGUCACAUUUCCUUGUGGCAAGAAGUUCCAUAGAUCAGCUUUUCUCAGGCUAAGUACAGACAUUUUCUCUGAAGGGACUGUGACUCAGCCUCUGUGUUUUAGGUAGAACUUCCUGAUCCAGAAGCUUCUAGCAGAAACAUUUUCUUCAGCCAUAGGCGUCACUGUCAAAAUAUUAUGAUACUGUAGUUAGAAGUUAACAUGGUGUACUGGUCAUAUUUACACUAUUAUUUUGGUAUUAUAUGAAAAGUGUCUGUGGGAAACUUGAUCUAAAUUAGUGGUUUAAAUUUGCCUCCCCCCCCCCUUGGUGUUUUAAAUCACCACCUUGCCCCUGCACUAUCCUCUUAAGUUAUGUCGUUUGUUGCUGCCAGUACUAAGGUCACUAUCAAUGUGGGUUGAUAUUUUCCUUUGUUUUCCUUUGAGUCAUUUGAUGGAAUAUGGGAGUGGAAAGAAGAGAGGAGGAGGAGGUCCUCUGAAAUUCUUAGUCUUUAAUUAGUGCCUUUGCGGGGCUUACACAGUUAUGUCAGAACAUGCUACAUAAUCUCUGCAAUAAACCUUUGACCUUAAUUGUGUUGUUUGCAAUUUGCGAAAGGAUUUCUCUCUCUUCUUUUUCUCCCUCACCCAGUGUGGGUGCCAUUUGAGAAACAAGAGUGCUGGAUACUAGUGGCAGAGUUGGCAUUGAUCCCUACUUUGGGGGUCCCAAGGCGGGAAGAAGUCUUUGUUGUCUGGCCAGAUGUUCCUGGUCUGGGUGAUGAGGUUUGCCUGGAUGUUGCCUCUGUGGUUGUUCUGGGGCUUGUCCUUUGACUCUGGUUGGGAACACUGAUACCUCAGAAUAGACCAUAGUCACAUAUUUCUAGUGUAGAAGGAUGGUUGCCAACUUAUUGUAAAAGAGCAUCAUCCUGGGCUAUACUCCUGAGUGUAGGAACUGAAUUCCUUGAACUUCUUUUUCAAGACAUUUCAUUUUCUGCCUUCAUUGGUGCUAACAUUAUAGCCUCACUGGCACAUCUUAGAGAGUGAGCUGAAUGUGGUAUCUUUCCUAAGCUAAUGAUUGAGUCUGUCCUGGAUGUGUGGCGAUGCCUAGAGAGGGAUGAAGCAUCCAGCCUCAUCUGUUCCAGUAUUCUGUCCUUGUAUUGUGGGAUGACCUCUGUUGAGAGUCAAAGGAUGCCAGAGACUGGAUAUCCCAAGACACUUCAUCUGUUGUGGAGAGUGUCUGUGACAAAAUGAAUUUGCAGUCCAUAGUUGAGGGUCACUGAUGGUUCCUUCAGCCUAGUGGGAGUAGUGUGUGUGUGUAUGUAUGAAAAGUCUCUGAACCUCAGCACUGAACGACAGCACAACCCUAAAAGCACUUUAAAAGCUUGUGCUCUUACCAGAUUUAUGAGCAAAACCUUUUUUUCUAUAAUUACAACAAAAAUAAUGUUAAUAAUAAUAAUAAUAAAUUUAUUUAUACCCCGCCGAUCUGGCUGGGUUUCCCCAGCCACUCUGGGCGGCUUCCAACAAAAUAUUAAAAUACAAUAGUCUGUUAAACAUUAAAAGCUUGCCUAAACAAGACUGCCUUCAGAUGUCUUCUAAAAGUCUGGUAGUUGUUUUUCUCUUUGACAUCUGGUGGGAGGGCGUUCCACAGGGCGGGUGCCACUACCGAGAAAGCCCUUUACAUUUACUACUGAAGUUAAAACUGAGGUUUUGCUAUAUUUGCCAUAUGUUAAAAUAACUUUCCAGGACUUUUUACCUGUAGUAAUAAUGUGUUGUCAGGCAGGUUUUGUUUUGUUCUUAAUCAGAGUUAGAAACACCUGUGGUGGGGAGGGGAAACACAUUUGACCAGGAGAGUGGGAUGGUGUCAAAUACCUUUUUAGAGGAUAACAUGAUUUACGGAGUAUUAGCCCAGAAAAAACUGAUCAUUUUUGUUUCUUCCCAUCAGCUUUCUAAGACCAACUUCUCCAACAACAAUGACUUCCGGGCUCUCCUCCAAUCCCUAUAUGCUACUUUUAAGGAAUUCAAAAUGCAUGAACAAAUUGAAAAUGAAUACAUAAUUGGAUUACUUCAGCAACGCAGCCGGACUGUGUAUAAUGUACACUCAGACAAUAAACUCUCAGAAAUGCUUAGCCUCUUUGAGAAAGGGUUGAAGAAUGUGAAGGUGAGCUUUCAGAAAGAAGAGUGUUUGGUUUCUGGGUGGUACAAUGCAAAAUCACAUUUCUGAGAUCAUGUGUGAAUUUGUGCAAUCUCAGCGUAGUUCUGGUGCCACAAGGCUGGUUGUAUAUAUGCUUGCUUAGAAAGAAGCCAUGCUAUGCUUAGUGGGGCUUAUUUCUUGUAAGUGUGCUUUAGAAUUUCCAGCUUAGUCAUAACUUUAUUGUGCAUCCUUGACUCCUCCAUGUAGAAGGGAAGCUCUCUAAAAAUAUGGUUUACUUCCUAGCAAGCAGCUGCUUUUUGUUGAGAACAGUUUGGGCGAUGUCAGCAGCUGACACUUCUGGCAGUGUGACAUGCCUGAAUAACACACCUUAUAAAACAGGAGUCACAUGGGAUGUGGAUGCAUAAGAACAUCAUAGCUUUAAGAUUUGAUGGGUGGGGAAUCUUUUUCAGUUGGAGGGCUAUGUUUCAUCUUGACCACCCCUCUUGGGGGUCGUAUGCCAUUGGCAGGAGAGGCUAAUUCUGGAGUAUGUGAUUAAAGUGUCCAUGGGCACACCAUGCGCUUUCUCCUCUGCACCACCAGAAUGCACAUAUAGCACACUCCUCACACAUGUAUGUAUGCAGAUUCUUACUCUUUCUUCCCUCCACCACACUAGGGUGGAAAAAUAGCUGCAUGGAGGGGUGUGUGUGAUCUUCAUAGGUAUUAGUUAGGAAGGGGAAGUUUAAGCCUUCCUUUCCUUGCUGUACUUUCUUUAAAGAUAGCCAAUUUUCCCAAGUGGCAGUUAGCAUUGAAAACAGCCUUCCAUUAGCACCAGUAGAAGGCUUUUUUCCUCAAGCCUUAUUCUGGCAUGAGGGAUUCACAGCACAAAGAGGGCAAGCACUUCCCUCCCCAGAUGCAAGCCCUGCCUGAUUCUUCCCUUCCAAAAUUAGACUUGAAAAGCCCCCCUAGGUUUUUUUUUUUGAAAAACCCUCAAACUUGUCUGGGAGGAGAAGGGGGUUCUGCAGACUGAAUGGAGGGGCUGCAUCUGACCCCUGGACUGCCAGUUUCUGACCCCUUUAAAUGUAUAGGUAUAUCAGAGAGACCCAUGAGUUUAUAGGCUUCUGACUCACUGUAUGUUAUCUUUACAAAGUGGCAUAUGUAGUUACUUUUCCAUGCUUGUGACAUGUCAGAUGGUAAUCCUUUUAAUCUUUUCAUUUGUUGAAUUCUACUGGUACCACUGCUAGUUUUCAAUGCCUGUUAAGUACUUAAAUUAUAUAAUGAAAUACUCCCAAAAUCUGGUCACCUACCAAGUUCUUUAAAAUUAAUCUUAAGCAUCAUCUGGGGAAUUAUUUCAAAAUCUACCUUACUGUAAUUAGACAUCCUGACAACAAGUGUUUACAUUUGCACUAAAAUAAUAGCAUUUUAGAAAUGAAAUGCUAACAUAUUUUAUAUAAGUUGGUCUCUGGGCAUCUGUUUUAAGACAUCUGAUGAAGAGGUGUGUUGUUUUUGAUGGCUUGAACUUACUGUGGAAACUAACACAAACCAAUUGGUAUUUCAAUAUUGCUUCAUAUUUAAUUUUAAGGAUUUUAGAACUUAACAAUUUCUAACAAUUGAUCGUAAGUGUUCAAAUGGCACAAAUGCUUAGUAAUGGUAUUUUUUAUCAUUCUCAGAAUGAAUAUGAACAACUAAACUAUGCGAAACAGCUAAAGGAGAGGCUUGAAGCUUUUACCAGGGAUUUUCUUCCUCACAUGAAAGAAGAGGAGGAGGUGAGCUGUACUAGGAAAUGGUUUCUGGCCAUUACGUUCGAUUGUACCCAGUGAAUGGAUGGGAAUUGGAUGGUUAAUUAAGCUUCAAAAUGUGUCCAAGCAGGCUUUAGAUGUGCUUUUUGAGCAGGAGGCAUAUUUACUUUGUGGCAAAUGCUUGAAGCUUUAAGAGCAGUUGGUGGUAUGCGGAUUUUGCUAUUCAAAGCAAAUAAAAAAGGGGGGGGGAGCCUCAUUGUAUUAUCCUAAGUAACUCUUUCGAUUCUGACUGUAGUAGUCAAGAGCCUUUAGUCUUAGAUUUGAGUGUCCUCCUCAAAAGACAAAACUGGUCUGCUGCCAAAAAUGGCAAGCUCACGUCUGCUUCUCUCUUCCAUUUUCUGCAAGGAUAUUUGGAGCACAGUGCCAUCAGUAUGUUGAGGACACACAGCUCUCUCUCUCCAUUCUGUCACUUUUUUCCGGGAAAGGCUGUGAAGGUGGACCAGUGUCUGGAAGCCGUGAUGGGAUAGAGAGGGACUAAUAAACUAAGGCGGAAAUCUGAUUAAGAUGGAGGUGUUGUGGUCCAGUAGUUCCCGGGUCUAGGAAUUGGAUGUACAACCUGUUUUCAGUAGGGUUAUACCCCACUGAAUGAACAGGUUCAUAGUCUGGUAGUACUCUUGGGUUCCAAUUUGUCACUGGAGUCUCAAAUAGCUUCCAUGGCUGGGAGUUCCUAUGCCCAGCCUAGGCUUGUUCAUCAGCUUUUCCUGAAUCAGGAUAGCCUGCCUGGCCUCAGUUGUCCGUGCUCUGGUGACCUCACACCUGGGCUACUGUUAUGUGCUCUAUGUAUAGCUGCCCUUGGAGACCGCAACUAGUGCAGAAUGCAGUUGUUAGGUUGGUAAGUAUGACAGCCCAAUGGGACCAGUACCUGGAUCACUACACAACUGUCAUUGAGCUGCCAGACCCAGUUCAAGAAUAGUUUGAGCAUUUGUUGUUGUUGAGUCGUUUAGUCGUGUCCGACUCUUCAUAACCCCAUGGACCAGAGCACGCCAGGCACUUCUGUCUUCCACUGCCUCCCGCAGUUUGGUCAAACUCAUGCUGGUAGCUUCGAGAACACUAUCCAACCAUCUCAUCCUCUGUCGUCCCCUUCUCCUUGUGCCCUCCAUCUUUCUCAGCAUCAGGGUCUUUUCCAGGGAGUCUUCUCUUCUCAUGAGGUGGCCAAAGUCUUGGAGCCUCAGCUUCAUGAUCUGUCCUUCCAGUGAGCACUCAGGGCUGAUUUCCUUAAGAAUGGAGAGGUUUGAUCUUCUUGCAGUCCAUGGGAGUCUCCUCCAGUGCCAUAAUUCAAAAGCAUCAAUUCUUCGGCUAUCAGCCUUAUUUAUGGUCCAGCUUUCACUUCCAGUUUGAGCAUACAGUGCCUUAAAUGGCUUGGAACCCAAUUACCUAAAAGAGCACCUUCCCCAGGCCAUACAACCAGCAGGGGAGGCUCUGUUGGUGGUGUCUCCACUGGGGGUUGCCGAGUUAGCAGUGACCUGUGGCAGGGCCUUCACACAUUGUAGGGGGUUGGACCAAAUGACCCUUGGGUGCCUUCCAACUCUACAAUUCUAUGAUUCUAUGUCUCAAUUUUUAUGAGUUAUUGUCUGUCCAGGUUCUAAUCUGCAAAAGAACCUGCAGAGCUUGGUGAUAUAUCAAUACAUAGUCUGAAACUGGUUGGAAGUUCAGAUUGUGAUAAUGGCUUCAGAAUUUUUGAGCUAGCAAUAUAUUGCACAUCUUCAUUUGCUCCCUAGCUGCUGCCAGCAAAGCAUAUUUCACCCCUGGGCGCCCAGUGCUCGCUCGCUCCCUCUGUAGUCCAGUUGCUGGAAUUGGCAGAGGGCGCCCAAGAACUUGGGCACCUGUCUGCCUACACCUUCGUUGGAGCAAGCGGGUUGCCUCAUUUCUCCUGGUCGUGCUUCCUGCUUGCUCCCUCCCUCCUCAGUCCAGUCUCACCCAUCCUUUUUCAGACAUCAUGAUGUAUUGCUAUAUUGCGAUGGUUCGCUGGUGAUAUUUCAUGUUAAAAACCAGAUAUUGCCCAGCCCUACUGCAGCUAAUCCUAUGUGUAUCUUGUUUCUCAUCCUUGUAUGUGUAUCAUAUGCAUUUGAUGAUCUUAGACUGAGAAAGUUAAAUGUAGUAUUUCAAAAACAAGAGCAAGUUGGAACAAUUGGGUUAUUCAAAAAGUGACGUUUGUUGUGUAUCUUAGGUUUUCCAGCCGAUGUUGAUGGAAUAUUUUACUUAUGAGGAAUUGAAGGACAUAAAAAAGAAAGUAAUUGCGCAACACUGCUCCCAGAAGGAAGCUGCAGCAGAAAUACGUAAAGGUAUUAGUCUCUGGAAUCAAGCUGAGGAACUGCAGAAAGCUUUUAAAUAUUCUGUGGAUGAAAAAGCAGAUCAAGGUGAAGGUAACCUUUUAUUUGUAGCAAUCUUCUGAAUUUCUCAGCUGGUUUUCUAGAAAAUAAUGUCACAUAACUCCAUGGCACUUAAAAUUAUGUUCUUGCAACUUGUAGAGCUUUUGAUGUAGGUUACAGUUACUUUCGGUCUCUUUAGUGAUCUUGUCUCUGUUAUACUCAUUGGUCAGUCUUACUCAUCGAAACAUUUUUCGUAUCCUAAACUGCGCAUUUUCACCCCAGACUAGCUUUCAUUUUCUGAAGGUAGUUCUGAAUAAUAAUAAUAAUAAUAAUAAUAAUAAUAAUAAUUCUGCAGAGUAGAGUCCUGCAGGAAAAUAUCUGGGUUGCCAAAACAAGUAGCAGCAGUGCUUUGAUGAGCUUGCUUGAAAAUAGCAGCAUUUAUUUCCAAGUACAUCUUUUACUUUGUGGUAUAGAGAUUAAUAAGGAACACUUGCAGGAUGGUAAGAAAAGGUUGGGAAAUAUUCUAAAAUGGGUUGGUUAUGUUUUUAUUUUGAAUUAUGUCUAUGGUGGUUUAAUAUUCUGAUUUUAUCCUGUGAACCACCCUGAGACCUGCAGGUAUAGGGCUGUAUAUAAAUUUAAUAAAAUAAUAAAAAUAAAUAAAAACACAAUGAUUUUGUCCUGCAUGCUUCUUUGGUUUUGGAUGAAGUGGCUAAUAUGAAAGCCCAUUAGAUAAAUGGCAACAAAGAAAUCAAGACUUUAAAAAGUGAUGGCUGAAUUGACAAUAGAGAGCUUGGGAAGUAACAUUUAGGCUUCAGUCCAGGACAACUGAGUGUGCUUAUGUUUGUUGGCUUUUCAUUAGUUAUACUUGUUUAAUUGCUUAAUGUUUGUGCAAUUUAGUAGCAGUUGAGUUUGGGGUAUUAUUUAUGUUUGUUAUUCUUUUGGGAAAGGAUGUCAACACUCAGUGCUGUGGCUCUGAGAAGGAGGUGUAAAAGUUGAUGGGCUCUGCCCCUCUCCCCAUUUAUACAUGCUGUCAGCUUUGCUUUUCUGCCACAGCUUCAGUGAUGAUUUUUUUAUUGUAGAUUCUAAACAGAACAAUACUCUUCAAGCCACUGCCAAAAUACUGAAUGUAUUCCCAUAUAUUUCAGAAACCGAAGAAAAAGGGCAAACCACCAAUAUUGUUGAUCUUCCUUCUGAGGUUGUGCUGACUAUUUUUAGUUACCUUAGCCCUCAGGAGUUGUGUCGAUGCAGUCAAGUAAAUAGCAAAUGGUCUCAGUUGGCUAAAACUGGAUCUCUUUGGAAACAUCUUUACCCCGUGCACUGGGCCAGAGGUAAGUGGCUGAAAUUCCCGGCUCUUUAGAAGCUUAGAUUACCAUCCAUUUAUGUGUAAAAGAAAAGCCAUUAAGGAAAAAGGUAUAUAAUUUCUGAGAUCAAGCACUGUAAAUGUAAAUUACUCUUUUUAUGGCAUAUCUAUAUUAUAUGGCUAGUGUACACUUGUGAAUAGCCCUACAUUGACCCGUUACUGCUGAUAUACUACAUACAAGACAGACAGAAUUAAUUAAUUAUGUUCAGUCUUAGUUACUUUAAAUCACCAAGUUAAGACUGGGCUUAGAAUUAUUUAUCUUGUAUCUAACACAUUUAGGGUGGCUAACUUGUGGCCCUCCAGCAGAAAUUGUUGGAUUCAACUUUCAGGGAUGAUGGGUGCUGUAGUCAUACUAUAUCUGGAGGGCACCUGAUUAGCCACACCUAUAUUACAAGAUUCCUGCCCAGCUAGCAGUUUGAAAGCACGUCAAGUGCAAAUAGAUGAAUAGGUACUGCUCUGGCGGGAAGCUUAACGGCGUUUCUGUGCACUGCUCUGGUUCAUCAGAAGCAGCUUAGUCAUGACCCGGAAGCUGUCUGUGGACAAACGCUGGCUCCCUCGGCCUAUAGAACGAGAUGAGUGUGCAACCCCCGAGUCGUCCGCGACUGGACCUAAUGGUCAGGGGUACCUUUACUUUUACCUUUACCUAUAUUACAAGAUAAUAUCACCAAAGCAACUAUCUGUAAACAAACAAUAAACAUCCAUAAAAAUGGCAAAAGUAGUUUCCUUCUCAAAUAGGUUUUAUCAUAAACAAUUGCAAAUGCAGUAAAGAGUGCAGUAAGGAGAUUAAAAUAAGUGUUUCAGUGCUCAUUUCUUCUCUUUCCAAAAUACAGUCGUACCUUGGAAGUCGAACGGAAUCCAUUCCGGAAGUCCGUUCAACUUCCAAAACGUUUGGAAACCAAUGAGUGGCUUCUGAUUGGCUGCAGGAAGCUCCUGGAGCCAAUUGGAAGCCCCGUCAGACAUUUGGCUUCCCAAAGAACGUUCACAAACCAGAACAGUCACUUCGGGAUUGUGGCGUUCAGGCGCCAAAACAUUUGGAAACUAAGCUAUUCUAAAACCAAGGUACGACUAGAUUUUAUUUUGAACAACUGCAAUUGCAGUAAUAGAGUCCACUUGUGAUUAAAAUUAAAGAAAAAUUAAGGAUUUUUAAUUUUAAUUUUCCUUAUUCUACUUGUUAAUUCAGUGCAAUUCUAUUACAACUGAUUUUGACACCUCGAUGACUAAGCUGUAGCAAUAAACGCCUGAUUACGGGAACGACAUCCGAGCACUGAACCGCAGGUAUGUUCUGAAAAGGAAGGGCCCUUUUCAGAACAGGAGAGGGGAGAUACAAAUUCUACAUGUGCUACUUUCCCAGUCUCCAAGGAUUAAGGACAAGGAGAGCAACAUGCAUGUUCUUUGUAACACCAUUGUGUUUUCUGCUGGCUGACACUUCUUAAAAGAGCCUACUCCUUCCUGAUAUGUGUGGGUAAUUCAAAGGUUUCUGUAACAUAAUUAAAUGCUUUCUUGUUGGCUACUUAGGAGACUGGUCCAGUGGCCCACCUGGUGAUCUUGAUACAGAUCCUGAUGAAGAAUGGGUAAAAAACAGAAAAGAUGAAAGCUGUGCUUUUCAGGAAUGGGAUGAAGAUGCUGAUAUAGAUGAGUCUGGUAAGUUAAGGGGUGAACUGUAUAUCUUCCCUUUACAGUUUUGUCUUGGGUCGUCUAGUGUGCAAUGGAGCCCUGGGGUGCCUUGAAUGAUGGUCACAGGUGCCAUGGGCGACACUGGCCUCUGUCCCUCUUUUCUUCCCUCUCUCCUCUGAUGCCUUCUUGCGUUCCUGCCUCCCGAAGGAUUGCACAGCUGUUGUAGCAGCCCUGGCUGCAAGCUUCCCAGGCAAAUGGUGCCUCUGGGACUGGUCAGGGGUGGGGCUUCCCAGGUCCCUGAGGGGCAGUGGGAGGAGGCAGCUCUCUUUGGAGCGGAGGGGGGCAGCUCAGAAACCAGGGGCGGCAGCUGUGGCUGCCCAGAAGACUCCCAAGAGGAGAGAGGAGGCUAAGGGAACACUCCACAAGGGAGGGUGUUCGGAAAAGGGCGAGAGGCUGCCAGCUCUGCAGGGAAGGGGUGACAUAACGGGGCUCCUGAGCUCCACAGGGGUGCCGCACAAAGUGUAGUUGGUCAAGGGAGCCAAAGCUUGAAAACCUCAUCUAGAGUAUGAUACUUGCCAAGGAUACCUUGAGAGCAUGGCUGGUUUUUGCAGAGGAAUAGGUCUGUGUGUCUGAGGGAUGUAGACACUAGUCACCAAAAAAGCAAGUCACCCAACAGCAGGACACUUAAAGGGGCUAUUCUUUGUUGAUAUUUAUUAGUACUGCUGGUCUUUUUGACUGAUGUUUAGAGUUAAGUAAGCAUACUUCGAAUCCCCGCGGCGGGGUGCGCUCCCGUCGUUCGGUCCCAGCGCCUGCCAACCUAGCAGUUCGAAAGCACCCCUGGGUGCAAGUAGAUAAAUAGGGACCGCUUACCAGCGGGAAGGUAAACGGCGUUCCGUGUGCUGCGCUGGCUUGCCAGAUGCAGCUUGUCACGCUGGCCACGUGACCCGGAAGUGUCUCCGGACAGCGCUGGCUCCCGGCCUAUAGAGUGAGAUGAGCGCACAACCCUAGAGUCUGUCAAGACUGGCCCGUACGGACAGGGGUACCUUUAUCUUUACCUUUUUAAGCAUACUUGUACACUUGUACAUCUAUAUAAUCUUGAUUGUCAUAUUUCUCAUAGUCAGUGCUCCUUUUCUGUCGGUUGAGUUGUGCUUGACACUUUCGUUAGAACUACCAUGCCCGUCAAAUUUAAGGCAUAGUUUCCUUGAUGUUUUGGGGAAAGCUUGGUUUGUAUGUACAGGUGAAACUCAAAAAAUUAGAAUAUUGUGGAAAAGUUCAUUUAUUUCAGUAACUCAACUUAAAAGGUGAAACUAAUAUAUGAGAUAGACUCAUGACAUGCAAAGCGAGAUAUGUCAAGCCUUUAUUUGUUGAAAUUGUGAUGAUUAUGGUGUACAGCUGAUAACAACCCCAAAUUAACAAUCUCAGAAAAUUAGAAUAUUGUGAAAAGGUGCAGUAGCUAUUCAAUCCAUAACACCUGCAAUGGGUUCCUGAGCCUUUAAAUGGUCUCUCAGUCUGGUUCAGUAGGAAGUACAAUCAUGGGGAAGUUGUGCAGAAAGCCAUCAUUGAGACCCUCCAAAAGGAGGGAACGCCUCAAAAGGUAAUCGCAGAAGAAGUUGGAUGUUCCCAAAGGGCUGUAUCGAAGCACAUUGAUGGAAAGUUACGCGAAAGGGAAAAGUGUGGAAGAAAAAGGUGCACAAGCAGCAGGGAUGACCGCAGCCUGGCGAGGAUUGUCAGGAAAAGACCAUUCAGACUUUCACAAGGAGUGGACUGAGGCUGGAGUUAGUGCCAUCACACACAGACGGAUCCUGGAGAUGGGCUUCAAAUGUCGUAUUCCUCUUGUCAAGCCCCUCCUGAACAAGAAACAACGUCAGAAGCGUCUUACCUGGGCUAAAGAAAAAAAGAACUGGUCUGUUGCUCAGUGGUCCCAAGUCCUCCUUUCUGAUGAGAGCAACUUUUGCAUCCCAUUUGGAAACCAAGGACCCAGAGUUGGGAGGAAGAAUUGGGAGGCACACAAUGCCAGAUGCUUGAAGUCCAGUGUGAAGUUUCCACAGUCUGUGUUGAUUUGGGGAGCCAUGUCAUCAGCUGGUGUUGGUCCACUGUGCUUCAUUAAGUCCAGGGUCAAUGCAGCCAUCAACCCGGAGAUUUUGGAGCACUUCAUGCUUCCUUCCACAGACGAGCUUUAUGUGGAUGCUGACUUCAUUUUCCAGCAGGACUUGGCACCUGCCCAUACUGCCAAAAGUACCAAAACCUGGUUCAGUGCCCAUGGGAUUACUGUGCUUGAUUGGCCGGCAAACUCGCCUGACCUGAACCCCAUAGAGAAUCCAUGGGGCAUUGCCAAGAGAAUCAUAGAAUCAUAGAAUCAUAGAGUUGGAAGAAACCACAAGGGCCAUCGAGUCCAACCCCCUGCCAAGCAGGAAACACCAUCAGAGCACUCCUGACAUAUGGUUGUCAAGCCUCUGCUUAAAGACCUCCAAAGAAGGAGACUCCACCACACUCCUUGGCAGCAAAUUCCAGUGUCGAACAGCUCUUACUGUCAGGAAGUUCUUCCUAAUGUUUAGGUGGAAUCUUCUUUCUUGUAGUUUGGAUCCAUUGCUCCGUGUCCGCUUCUCUGGAGCAGCAGAAAACAACCUUUCUCCCUCCUCUAUGUGACAUCCUUUUAUAUAUUUAAACAUGGCUAUCAUAUCACCCCUUAACCUCCUCUUCUCCAGGCUAAACAUGCCCAGCUCCCUUAGCCGUUCCUCAUAAGGCACCGUUUCCAGGCCUUUGACCAUUUUGGUUGCCCUCCUCUGGACGCGUUCCAGUUUGUCAAUGUCCUUCUUGAACUGUGGUGCCCAGAACUGGACACAGUACUCCAGGUGAGGUCUGACCAGAGCAGAAUACAGUGGCACUAUUACUUCCCUUGAUCUAGAUGCUAUACUCCUAUUGAUGCAGCCCAGAAUUGCAUUGGCUUUUUAGCUGCCGCGUCACACUGUUGGCUCAUGUCAAGUUUGUGGUCAACCAAGACUCCUAGAUCCUUUUCACAUGUACUGCUCUCAAGCCAGGUGUCCCCCAUCUUGUAUUUGUGCCUCUCAUUUUUUUGCCCAAGUGCAAUACUUUACAUUUCUCCCUGUUAAAAUUCAUCUUGUUUGUUUUGGCCCAGUUCUCUAAUCUGUCAAGGUCGUUUUGAAGUGUGAUCCUGUCCUCUGGGGUGUUAGCCACCCCUCCCAAUUUGGUGUCAUCUGCAAAUUUGAUCAGGAUGCCCUUGAGUCCAUCAUCCAAGUCGUUGAUAAAGAUGUUGAAUAAGACCGGGCCCAAGACAGAACCCUGUGGCACCCCACUAGUCACUCUUCUCCAGGAUGAAGAGGAACCAUUGAUGAGCACCCUUUGGGUUCGGUCAGUCAGCCAGUUACAAAUCCACUGAGUGGUAGCAUAGUCAAGACCACAUUUUACCAGAGAAAGAUGAGAGACAUGAGACCAAGCAAUGCAGAAGAGCUGAAGGCUGCUAUUGAAGCAUCCUGGUCUUCCAUAACACCUCAGCAGUGCCACAGGCUGAUAGCAUCCAUGCCACGCCGCAGUGAGGCAGUAAUUGAUGCAAAAGGGGCCCAAACCAAGUACUGAGUACAUAUGCAUGCUUCUAUUUCUCAGAGGUCCAAUAUUGCUCUAUUUGAAAUCCUUGUUUUGCUGAUUUCAUUUAAUAUUCUAAUUUUCUGAGAUUGUUAAUUUUGCGUUUUCAUCAGCUGUACGCCAUAAUCAUCACAAUUAUAACAAAUAAAGGCUUGACAUAUUUCGCUUUGCAUGUCAUGAGUCUUAUCUCAUAUAUUAGUUUCACCUUUUAAGUUGAAUUACUGAAAUAAAUGAACUUUUCCACGAUAUUCUAAUUUUUUGAGUUUCACCUGUAUAUGGUAAGUUAGCGUCAGGAUAGAAAACUACCGUAUUUUUUGCCCCAUAGGACGCACUGCCCUAUAGGACGCACCUAGUUUUUUUUGGGGUGGGGGGAAUAAAGAAAAAAAAUAUAUUUCCCCCCCAGGCACGGGGCUGGCGCAGGGGAAGCCUGAGCUUCCCCCGACCCCAGCCCCCAGAACAGCACUGCUAUCCGCAAGCCCAGGGAGCCGCGCCGAUCUCCCCAGGCUUGCGGACAGCUGUGCGAAGCCCGGGCGCACUGAAGAGCGCGCCCGAGGCUUCGAAAUGCAGGCAGCUGUGCGCAACCCUCCGGAGCCCGGUGCAAAUCCGCACCGGGCUCCGGAGGGUUGCGCAGAGCUUCCUGAAGCCUGGAGAGAGAAAGCCUGUAUACGCCCCAUAGGACGCACCCACAUUUCCCCUUUUGGAUCCCCCUUUUGGAGGGGAAAUGUGGGUCCUAUAGGGCAAAAAAUACGGUACUUUUGCUCAGUGUCAGAUUAAGACUGUUGACACCAUAACUACGGUAACUUUCAUUGCUCUGAAGGCUGACCUCUUGUGGUGGUUGGCAAAACAUGCAGGGAGAUGCUCUGCAUCUGGAAUUUGUCCUUUUGACUAAAGUACUUAGGCUGCAGCUUUUAUUAUACUAAUUAGCAUUUGAUAUAUAGAUAUUUUUAAAAUUAAUAUAUUUGCAUACUUUGUAUAUAUGACCAUUUUUUAUUCUUACAUUUGUCCUUUGAUCCCUUUUAUAGAAGAAAAUUCAGAAGAAUCCUUGGCUAUCAGCAUUAUUCAAAAAGAAAAGGACUUUCUUCAGGGCUUAAUUCACCAUGUUCUCCCACGUGUAGGCACCUCAGUGAAAACAAUUGUGCUCGCAUACAGCUCAGCCAUAUCUAACAAAAUGGUACAGUAUACAUAAUGAAUACAUCUGGGGAAUCUGUAAAGAAUAAUAAGGGUGCUUAAGUGGGUGUUUUUCAAUAAAAUAAUCUCUUUGUUGCUUUUCUGCCUGCUCUGUACUCAAGGUGGAUUAACAGUAUAAAGACAGCAAUAUUAUCUCUGACACAAUUUUUAUUGCAACCAUAAACUGAUACUCCAUUUUCUUUUAAACCUAGGUCAGACAGAUCUUAGAACUGUGUCCUAACUUGGAGCAUCUUGAUCUCACUCAAACUGAUAUUUCUGAUUCCGCAUUUGAAAGGUUGGUAAUCCUUUGGGGUGUCUGUUGCUUACUUUGCCAUUGGUAAAUUACCAACAGUAUAGUAAUUACUAGAGCCUUGAUUGUGUGAACUAUUUUUGGCAGGGAGAAAUGUUAGUUUUGGAAGUUGUUACGUAUCAUACGCUACCUGCAGAAUGAGGAAAAAGAGUUAGACAAGGGUUAUUAUUCUGUCUAAGACACUACAUUCCAUUGCUCCUGUCUCUGAUAAAGUGUAAGUCUUUUGCUUCUGCGGCACAUUGUUUCUGCAGAACAGACCAGCAAUACUUAGGCAUUUUGCUAUUAAUCCUUAACUGAUUUCUUUUAGUAUUUUAUGCAUUUAGGGUUGAACAUUCAUUGAUCCGAAUAUGACUACUUUAUCUGCAAUAGCUUGAAUAUGCUGGUUGGGACAAUAACGAAAUAUUGGUUAACAAAUAUGUUAAUAUUUGUUUCAGUUGGUCUUGGGUUGGUUGCUGCCAGAAUCUCCGGCAUCUUGAUCUCUCUGGAUGUGAGAGAAUCACAGAUGUGGCUGUAAAAAAGAUUUCCAGAGCCUUGGGAGUUUUGUCACCCAAUGAAGCAGGAUCUCUGAAAAGUUGUCAAAACAGGAAUGGAAAAACUGUGUGGAAAAACAAAGACAUUGCCAUGCAGGCCAGCAAAAAGAAUUGUAGUUUGCAUGAUAUUGCAAAUGAAAAUUUGAUUAAAGGAGAAGGAAAUGAAAGCCAUUGGAUUGCACCUGUCAGAUCAGAGAGCUUUAACUCUGCCUAUAUCUGGAUGUUAGAUGCGGAAGAUCUGGCAGAUAUUGAAGAUGCUGCUGAGUGGAAACACAGAAAUAUUGAAGGAGUUUGUGUGGUAGAACCUUCAUCAAAUUUCACUUGUUCUGCAACAUGCUGCAGCAAAGACAUUUUUGGACUAAGGACUAGUAUUUGCUGGCAGCAGCACUGUGCUCCUACUGCCUUGACCUACUGCGGUCACUCUUUCUGUUGUGCUGGGACAGCUUUAAGAACUAUUCAGGCACUCCCAGGAUCCUCUGCACUAUCUAAACAUGCACCAAGGACUAGUAAACAGUCAGAGGGGAAAGACUUUGCAUACUUCAGGAGUGCAAAAUCAGACCAUGAGACAGCGCGAGUUCUUCAGUUCCUCAGUCUGUCAGGAUGUUACCAGAUAACAGACCACGGUCUUAGGUAUGUAGCCUCUUUGAAACCCCUGCCAAAAUCCAUUAAUGCCAUUUAAAAAACAACACAAAAUCAUAUUGUUAUCUCAUCAUUACUUAGCCACUGAAUCUGGUGGUAAUGCAUUGACGAUUGGAGGUGGAGAAGUGCUUUGCCCAAAGCAGAUGUGAUUAUUCCUCUCCUCCCUGCCUUUGAGUUCACAUUCCUCUUUUUUGAAUUUUUCUUUCUCUUAGACUACAAUCCUCUGUAAAGUUUUCUCUUCCAAAAUCCGGGGUGGGGAGCGGAGCUUUAUUUUCUAAAAAAAACCCCAACCAUACACUUUCUCCCUUCUGGUGUCUCCUUGCCCCCCCCCCCCCCUUAGGUAUAUCUGAAGACAAUAAAAGAAAGCAUGUUUGUCAUUGGGAAGAAAGCUCCCAACCAAACACUGGAUGCUAAUCUCUCCCUACAACUCAGGAUGACUUUAACUGCUCUUCCAUCUCAACUGGAUCUGGGCAUUAUCAUGUUGCUGAUAUGUGCUCCCACUGGAGUUCCCAUGACUACCAUCUUCUAUAAUACAUGAAACCAGUUUCUGGCUUGGAAAUUGAAAUAGCCUUUGGGAUGGAUGUGUGCGUCAACAUUCACCAGACAUUACAAGUUAGAACUACACAUAUAAACUCAAGCGGUCUUCAAAAGAAGGGUUUUCUAGAACAGGGGUCAGCAACCUUUUCCACUGUCUCUCAGACCAUGUGGUGGGCCGGACUAUAUUUUGAAAAAAAGAUAUGAAUGAAUUCUUGUACCCCACAAAUAACCCAGAGAUGCAUUUAAAAUAAAAGGACACAUUCUAUUCAUGUAAAAACAUGCUGAUUCCCAGACCGUCCGCAGGCUGGAUUUAGAAGGCGAAUAGGCCACAUCUGGCCCCUGGGCCUUAGGUUGCCUACCCCUGUUCUAGAACAGCUUGCCACCAGUUUAGACAGCUACAUUCGUUCUGCUGGGAUUCACUGUUAGAUGUAACAUAGCAUGGGAGACAUCCACUUAGAGUAUGUGCAAAAGCUAACUUGAGAAGGGAGCAUUGGUUCAUUUACCUUGAAUAGGCUUUCUAGAUUGGCAUAGGAAGACAUCCGCUGCCUUACCCCUGUCUCUAAAUAACUGCUGUCUACUCUAACGCACUUCAAGCCUCAUCAAGUUUCUUGAUGCCAGGUUACUCCUUUUUUGUUAUUACUAUGGUCAAUUUUUUUUGUGAUCUAACUCUGAUUUGUUUGCUUAUUUACCUAUCACUACUAUGGAAUCUCUGCUUUCCUCUAAGCUUGGUUACAGACAAAAGUCAAACGGGAUCCUAUAUGACUGUAGUAUCCCUACUUUACUCCAUUGCCCAUCUCUGUUCCUUGCAUUUCAUCCACUGUAUUAUCUAUGGUAGGGCUGGGUGAACUUUCUUAGAAAGUUUUGUUUAAGUCUGAACAAACCAUAUAUUCCAGCAGGGCCCUACACUAAUAGUGGCAGUCUUGAAUUCAUUUUGCAUGAAGCAGGGUAGUGUUUAAUGAACUUUAUGGCUGGUAUAAUGAAGGUCGAGGAAAGAAAUGCUCAAAUAUCAAAAGUCCUGAGUGGUUCAAAUAUAUAUAUAUCAUCUUGCUAAAGAAGCAGAAUUCUCCUGCUACCUGUUUGGUUCCUGGCAUGGUCUUAAUGUGCCUUUAUUUUCCACAUUAGGAUGCUGACUCUGGGAGGCGGGCUCCCUCAUCUAGAACACCUCAAUCUCUCCGGUUGUCUGACUGUAACCGGUGCAGGCCUGCAGGAUUUGGUGUCUGUAUGCCCUUCUCUGAAUCAUGAACACUUUUACUACUGUGAUAACAUUAACGGUAAUGUCUUUUGAAUAAAGUACCUUUUAAAAGCAUUUAUAUUUAACCCUUGGAAUGUUCAGAAUUUGAAGCCACUUCCUUUCUGUAGUUGUAGGUCCUCUGAGUUACGUUAGCCUUUCAUUGUUAAAAGUUUAGUGUGUCUAUGAAGGCAUAGAUUUAAAUAUUACAAGUUCUUCUAUACUGCCCGUUGUACCGUGUUAGCUGAAGAGAGCUAAUUUUACCAUUACUGAGGAAAUUAUCUGGCGGUUCAGAGGAAACUUACGUUAAAUACCCUUUUGCCGAUGAAGAUUUGGAUAUCAUCAGGCCUGUUGCGAAUUUCGGUUUUAUAUCAGCGAGGACAAGACAGGCAAUGGUGACAGUGAUAGCCAGGGAAUGAGUACUGAUUAUGAUCUCUGGAAUACAGAUUUUAGCUGAAGGAGUGUUAUUUUUAAUGUAAAUAAGUUUAUAGGGAAUUCUUAAUUACAUCUGCUUCUUUAUGCGGUUGUGGCAUAUGUUGCUGUUGUUAACUUUGCUGUCUGGUGUUAGACCGCAAUAAAGAUUGAUUGAUUGAUUGAUUGAUUGAUACCAUUCUAGACAUAGAACAGGGAAGCAUACUUGUGGUGGAUCAUUUAAAAUCCCAUUUCAGUGAAGUAACUGGCUCCACCUCUUGAAAGCUCUCAUUUUGAUAUAAAGAGAUUACAUUAGGAUUGAAAAAGUUUGAAUCAAUUGAAAGAAUAAUGUUAAUAUGGAGUGUUGUGUAUCUUGAGCAGUGUUCAAAACUCCCAUUGUUCUAGGCGCAUUUUGUGACAGGGAAUAUCAUUAGUGUGAGCAGUUUCCAAGCUCUGGGCACAGUACUGCGCCUAAGAUUUCAGAUUAAAACUGCAGAGUGGAAGGCAAGGAGGACCUUUUUCUGCCUCCCCACUUCCAGCUACUCCCUGAAGACUGGAGAAGAGACCCUCUUAAGAAUAUCAGGGGAGUGGGCAGGGGAAUGACUAGACCUUGUGAAAAAUGAACAUAGUAUUUCAGCUGCAUUUCAUUCAUUUUCAGCUUUGGAUUUUUGUUAUAGGAAAGCACACCUAGACAUUCUGUUGUUGUACCUGUAACUUGGAUUAAGGUGCCAUUUAGCUCCUAGCUUUCAUAUCUCAUUCUAACACUGAUCUUGAGCUCUUGAAAAUGGAUUGAUUCUGUUUAACGUUUGCUGCUAACUUCCUAACUAUUGAAAUGCCUUUGUUUUAAUAUGACAAAAGUCAUGGUAGUGUACAAGGUUGAAAUCCUAUUAAGCCUAGCCUAGACCUCCGUGUUCUGUGGGAAUCUUGUUGGCACAGGUACUUUGACUGGUUUGUUUCACAGAAGAGGAGCUGUGAUACUGGAUUAGAUAUUGACAUGAGACAACUCUCAAGCUAGUAGACCGCAACGUACCGUAUUUUUUGCUCUAUAAGACUCACUUUUUCCCUCCUAAAAAGUAAGGGGAAAUGUGUGUGCGUCUUAUGGAGUGAAUGCAGGCUGCACAGCUAUCCCAGAAGCAGAACAGCAAGAGGGAUCCCUGCUUUCGCUGCGCAGCAAUCCCUCUUGCUGUUCUGGCUUCUGAGAUUCAGAAUAUUUUUUUUCCGUUUUCCUCCUCCAAAAACUAGGUGCGUCUUGUGGUCCGGUGCGUCUUAUAGAGCGAAAAAUACGGUAAUUUCCCCCUCCCAGGUCUGCCUCAGAUAAGAUUAUUGGAACAAACUCUGAAUCAUCCUAUUACUUCUGAACGUUUCACAAGGCUGUAUCCGUAUCUCUUCCAGUCGUGUUAGCUUUGUGCUCCUCUUUGAAGUUUCUCACAGCAUAAAUGGAGUUCUCUUUUUUUAAUAAUUUGUCCUUAGUGAACAGUGGAUGCAUGAAUGGUUUGUCUUAAGGUAGCUAUUGGAGGCUGCAUUUUAGGUUGUAUUUUAAUCCUGUUUUUAUACCUGAUGUUAGCCGCCCUGAGCCCAGUCUUGGUUGGGGAGGGCGGGGUAUAAAUAAAAUUUAUUAUUAUUAUUAUUAAUUAAUGAGUAAAAGGAGUUUGGGGCCAGUUGAAAUUAGCCUAAGGAGCAGACUUACACCAACCCUUUCAGUAACAACAACAACAAAUCCUCAUUGCACAGUUUCUUACCUCCCAAAAGAUUAUGCUGUUUGGCUGUUUCAGGAAAAUAAGACUAAUUUGUCCUAACUGGCUCAGUUGGAAACAUCUUUUGUUAGCUUAUCUGCUAUUGAGAGUGGCUUGCCCAGGUUUUGUUUUAUUUUGUUCCUCUUGCAUGGUACAACAGCGCAUUUUGCCUUGCCGACAACCUAAAAGUCUAAUUUAACGUGUGUAAGUGACCAAAUGUCAGCCACUGAAAAAUAUUUCACCUUGGCUAAUGUUUGAAUAAACUGUAACUAUUUUGCUGGCAUCAUCUUUAAGAGUAGAUUGUGAAGAACUGCUAUAAUGGAUAGCUCUUAACAUAAUAUCUCUUCUCAAAAUGUAAGUACUGGAUGGUUCAUGCCUUAACAAACAUUUCCUUGUUUGGAUGCUGUUUCCCUUUGGGAUGGGUAUAUGGGUUUGUUCACUUUUAAGGAGGGGUCAUAAGUGCUAAAGCCCUUCAGUGCCUUUAGGCUAGGCAACUAUGGUAUUCAAUUCCAGCUAUGCCUUGCCCUUCAUUUUUGAAAAGCCCAUAUAUGCUGCAGCUUCUCACCUUGCUGUAUAAAUAAAUAAAGCGCCACACUGACUGCAUACCUCCCUUAUUUUAUCUGAUGGUGUGUGCUCAUGCUGCACUUACGACAAGGAAAAGCAGAUUCUGCUGGGGAAGAAAUAAUGCUAUGAUAUCCAAAUUUGCUUUGAUAAGGACGAAUAAGGCUGUGCUGUGGGUGUGAUGCUCUUCUCAAGAGUGCAGAACAAGGUGAUGGCAAAAUGGGGGGGGGGGACCUCUCUUAGCUGUGUGUUGGAACCCAGAGGUCAUCAUAUGUACUUGAUCUUCUGGGAAAUCUGUUUCAUUAUUAGAAAGUAAGUUCAUAAACGAGCGCCAAGUUGUUGGAUACAACAGGAAGUAAGUUGGUGAAUGUGGUAGUGCACAGAAAGUUGAAAGAUAAUUAACAGAUUUAUUCAAGUUAAAUGGGUGGCACUGUGGUGUAAAUCACUGAGCCUUGGGCUUGCCGGUCGGAAGGUCGGCGGUUCGAAUCCCCGCAACGGGGUGAGCUCCCGUUGUUCAAUCCCAGCUCCUGCCCCCCUAGCGGUUCAAAAGCACGUCAAGUGCAAGUAGAUAAAUAGGUAGCACUCCGGCGGGAAGGUAAACGGCGUUUCCGUGCGCUGCUCUGGUUCGCCAGAAGGGGCUUAGUCAUGCUGGCCACAUGACCCGAAAAAACUGUCUGAGGACAAAUGCUGGCUCCCUCGGCCAGUAAAGCGAGAUGAGUGCUGCAACCCCAAAGUCGUCUGCGACUGGACUUAACUGUCAGGGGUCCUUUACCUUUCCCUUCCUUUCCCUUUACCCUAGUUUCAGUACUAAUGGUGACAGUACCUUCUGAAAGAAUUUUUCUAUACUUAUUCCAAGUUGUUAAAUUUCUGUAAAGCUAUAAUAACACCAACUGCUAGUGCCCUACUACUCUCUGGCCCUUUAGUGGAAGAUGUUAGACUUGACGGGUGACAGGAACAGGUCUUCCUUGGUCACACAUUUUUUGAAUGCCCUACCCCCAGAUAGUACAAUACGCGCUGUCAUUGUUGACUUUUAAACAAGCUUUUGUUAUUUAUAGUUUGACCUGAGUUAACCAAUUGCUAUGUUUUAUUAUUACAGCUCACUUGAAGAGAGAUGUGAUAUGGUUUUAAUAUGAUGGUCUUAUAUAGUGCACUGUUGUGAAUCUUGGUGUGCUGCCUUGUGACGGCAAGGUGCCUGAAAAGCAGUUUAAACAUUUGCAAAUAAAUAAAACAAUUCCAGCUCUAUAGUGUAGGGCUUUUGCAUUCUCAUAGUGAAAAUGUGAAGCUAACUAGCCGAACUGAUGAGCUUCAUAAUACACCCUUUAAAUUAGGUACUGCCAAACAGAUGUCAUCCUUUUCUGUGAAGUGUUAACAUUUCCCCCUCCCAAAGUAAAAGGCUUGCUAAAUGGCUUUUUUCUUUUUUGAAAUAUGGAGAUAAUGAUAACAUUCCAAAAAAAUAUAUAUCUGUAACACUACCUUCUUACCUGUCUAUAUUCUUGCUGACAAGGUGUAAGUGCCAAAAAAAAUCACUCUCCUGAUGGAUGUGUUCUGUAAGUUGAGAGUGACUAAUUGGAUACUACUCUUAAUUACAUGAAUCAAAAACAGGAACCAGUAUCUCCUAGAAAGUUUUUUAUAGUAUACUUCAACAAAGUGUUUGGUGCAGGAGAUUUCUUCUUUAUUUCAAUUUAUUCAUUCUAAAAUUUCCUGUUUAUUACUAAAGUGGUGAUAAAACCAUUCCUUAAUAGAAAAUAUUCUGUUAAGCAUACUUCCAUCUUUUGACCUCUGAAUUGUAACAGCUUCACAAAACAACCCUUAACUUCAUUCCUUUAGCUAAAUUGUCAUUAUGUUUAAAUGGGGGGACUUAUUUUUUUCUGUCACUUUCUUGUUAAAAGUUUAUUUCCCUAUUUAAAGUGCUUUUUAAAAGCCAAACAUUUUACAGUGGUACCUCGCAAGACGAAUGCCUCGCAAGACAAAAAACUCGCUAGACGGAAGGGUUUUUUGUUUUUUGAGCUGCUUCGUAAGACGAUUUUCCCUAUGGGCUUGCUUCGCAAGACGGAAACGUCUUGCAAGUUUGUUUCCUUUUUCUUAACACCAUUAAUACAGUUGCGACUUGACUUUGAGGAGCAACUCAUAGAACGCGGUGUGGUAGCCUUUUUUGAGGUUUUUGAAGACUUUGGUGAUUUUUGAAGCUUUUCCAAAACUUUCCCGACACCGUGCUUCGCAAGACGAAAAAACUCGCGGAACGAAUUAAUUUCGUCUUGCGAGGCACCACUGUAUACCUCUAAGGGUAUCCUACUUACUCAAGUUUUUUUUGCUGUUUUUCUAGAUCCUAUUUCUUGAAACAUCUGUUUAGUUUUUUCAUUUCAUUUUAUCACUUGUGAAUUGGUAUCGAUUGGGUGAAAGAGAUCAUUCAGUUUUCCCCUCUUUAUUGUUUUGCAGCAGCAAAUAAUUAAAUUCUGCCUGCCCAGAUUUUCCUAAACUUGUUAAAAUUGUAGCUUGAAUAGAAGAUUUGGGAUUACUUACCUGGAAAAUGAUCCCACUGCAUUUAAUUAAACUUAAUUCUGAGUUGGCAUGUAUAGAAGUGCACUGUCAGAGUACUUGGAAAACUAGCAAAUAAAACACAUUGAAUAUGAUUUGUUGGGUUAAAGGGAAAGCAUUUGUGGUUGGUCUUAAAAAAUGCUUCAGUCAACUAGGCUUUCAUUCAUGACCAAAGGUUUUUUAGUUAAGAUUUGUGUUUUGGGGUGGGGGAAGAUAUAUAUUUAGUGUUGGACUCUCAGAGAAAAAGAAAAUCAUUCAACCCUUCCAGAAGCUAGCUAGUUUUCUUCUUGAUCAUGGAAAUUCUUUAAUUCUGAGUUUGGGGCGCAAAACCACAGUUUUUCUGAUCUUCCAGCAUAUACUGUAUUUUUCUGUGUGUAAGACACCCCCUAUUUUUAGGGACUCAAAAUUAAGAAAAUGGAGGCAGAUUGCCCCCGUGUAUAAGACUAUCCGCCCCUUUUAACAUUAUUUUUUAGUAAAAAAAAAACCCCUAGACUUAUACAUGGAAAAGUAUGGUCAUGAUUAGAUGAUGAUACAUAGCCUAACUUGAAUGUAUUUCUUAAAAUUCUAAUUCAGAAUUGCUAUUUCUCUAGUUUUGUCUCAGUAAAUUUCACCUUCAAACUUCUUAAAUUAAGGAACUGAGUAAUGUCACUCACACGUUUAAAAAGCAUACUCAACUUUGCUUUUCGAGGAAAACCAGUCACACUCUCCCAGUCUGAAAUGAGACACUGCCUUCAUUUCUUGCCAAGAAUACCUCCCUCUCCAGCUGCUUUUGCCCAAAGAGAUGCUGUUUAUUACAAGCACAAGGAGCAAAUAGCAGGUUGGGAGAUCAAAUUUUGGCAGGAAACAAGUGUGGCGCUGGAACAGGACGCUUUGCCUUCAAUAUAAAAACUGUAGUUUGGCCUUAUGACAGGGCAUGCAGAAAGAAAGAAAGAAAGACACAUAUCUUUAUGAAAAUUGGUCUGUUUAACCCAGGUACAUGAAAUAAAUGAUUUUACUUGCAGCCUUAUAGAAGGCAAAGCACUGCUGAUCGUUUCAUAUGAUCCUAAAAACACAUCUGUUUAGGCAAGCCUUUCCCUGAUCUCAUUGCUUGGUUAUUUUAACUGUUGCUGUUUAAAUUGUUGUGCAUUUUAAUUACAAAUGUGCAUUUUAAUUAUGGAUUUAUUUUAUAGCUGUAAUCUGCUUAGAAGCCAUUUUGACAUAUAAUUAAUUAAUAAUAGAAUUCUGCUGUUACUUGAAGGUGCCCUUCAAAUGAAUCCUACAAGAUGAAUAGCCAGAAGUGUGUUCGGUGUAUUUCCAGAAUAUUGAAUUGUACUAACAAAUGUUGGUUUCAGUAAUGAAAGAGGUUCAUUUCCCCCUUAACUGUUUUCAGGCAUGUUAUUAUUUGUUAACACACCCUCACAUACUUUUGAUUAUAUAAAAUACCCUGAGUAUUGCAAGGAGACAGCAGGGUUGGUCUGGCCAGUUUCAUGGCUUUAAUUCAUUAAGAUGAAUGUCCUGUGCCUGAAAUAAUGUAGGGCACCUGUUUUUAAAUGCAUAUGUGGCUUUUGCCAAUAGUGCAGUAAUUUCACUGUUUAUUAAAAUUACUUGCAAAUGAAGGUAAGUGAUGGUUGCUGAAACUUGGUAAAACUUUGGUAUGGGACUUUAAAAAAAUAAAUUAUAAUCUUCGAGCCAGAACUCAUCAGCGUAUACAUUUGGGAAACAGAUAAUCUAUUCUGGAGGGUUUUUUAAAAAUUAGGUGCUUUAUCAUUUCUUCCAAGUAAAAUAGGUAGCUCAUACAGGAGCUACAUUUGUUAAGCCCAAGAAAGCUAACCUGGACCCUCCAGAUGCUGCUGGACUUCAACACUUAUCAUCCCCAGCCAAGGAUGAUGGGUUUUGUAGUCUGGUACCUGGAAGGCCACAGCGCUGCUGUGAAGUCUGUUGGGCAAAUAAUACUUUGUAUAUUUAAAUGUGGUAUAAUCAGUUGUAUACCAGUAAGAUAUUACAACUGCAAUGUGAGACUUUGAAUGAAUAUCAAAUAUCCCUUGAUGAAAAAGGCUAUGAAUGGCUACUGCACAAGAUGAACACCAUCCCUUUUUCUUCCUUUCACAUUUGUUCUGUCUUUACACAGGUCCUCACGCCGAAACCGCCAGUGGAUGCCAGAACUUGCAGUGUGGUUUCAGAGCCUGCUGCCGCUCUGGUGAAUGACCUGACUACUUUCCUUUUCAGUCUACUUCAUUAGCUCAGCAGGCUUCCUUUCAUGCACUUUACUUACAGUCCGCAUCUUGUGUUAACAGUUCCCUUCUGAAGUGCAAAUUGUAGGUCCUUUCUGCCCCAUAAUUCAGAGUCUUAUAAGCAAACUGUGUAGGGUCACACCAUUCUCACAAUGUUUCACUCUGAUUUCGGAAGGUGAGAGGUUUAAUUCUUUGUGCCGUGAAACUUACUCAGAUUGUUUUUGACACUUUCCCCCUAACGUUUGGCACUUAAUAUUUUUAUUUUGUGUUUUGUGCUAAGCCCUUAAGAUUAUUAUUUUUUAAGCUCAUGCUUCAAUAUAAAUAUUAAAUACAUCUGGAUAACAAUAUAUAUUGUUCAGUAGUGAUUUCUCCCAUAACUUCUGAUCCCAGAAUUGUCUUACUGCAGAAUUACAGAUACUUUGUCUUAGCACUGACUUCAUAUGUUAUAAGCUUAAAGAACAGUACAUGGAACAUUCCCAUCAGCAUCUGAAUUUGUUAGAGUCUGGAUAAGUUAGCAAGCCAAUGACUGUUUGCCACAUCUUUUUGUGGGCUUCACAAAGUAUUUGCUUAACUGUAGUUGCAUAGCAACCAGGACCCCCUGUAUUGUCUAUAGAAAUUCAUUAAAGACGCUGAAUUCUGAAAGGGACUUUCCAAGAAGUGAUUUCUCUGCUGUAAGAGCAACUGAAAUAAAUAAAUUUUCAGCUUUAAGGAA